AUGUCUAGCCUCAGUAAUCUCCUCAAUCCUGUAAAUCGAAAAUUGCCCCCAAUGUCCCCGUCUGAAAACGAGCAUUCACCCCUACAUUCCCAACCAGAAGAAAACCCAUCAUCCCCCGGCUCGACUGCCAGCGACGAGAUCACUGCGCAUCAUCCUGAGGAUCCACACGAAGAGGAAGACAUGAAUGCAGACGACAUUCCACCUGACGAUGACCAUGUUCCAGAAGAUAUACACGUCCCAAAUAUUCCCCACAACCCCGACCACAGACCACAUCCAAAUUGUCCUGACACCCUCGCAUGUCUCCCAGACACAGAAGGUCGACCUCAACAUACACUACCCGUCAUCUUACGCUGCGCUAUCCUUGGAAGUCCUCGGAAACGUUUAACGAUCCGCGAAAUAUAUGCAGCGAUGGAGGGGAAGUACGCCUACUAUCGAACAGCGGGUCAAACUUGGAAGCAAUCCGUGCGACAUCACCUUUCACUUAAUCGUUUAUUUGAACGGCAACCUCGACCCGUGACAGAUCCUGGAUUUGGAUCUUAUUGGACCGUGAAUCUUGCAGCACCUCCAGGUACAAAACGCCCGCGAAAACGAGGUCGACCGAAUAAGAAUAAAGAUGCGGCCCCACCCACUGCCCCCGUCGUUAAAGAGCUGGACCUCAAACGCCGUGGCCGGCCACGGAAGGAUUCAGAACCUCCGCCGCUUACAGGAUCUUCAUCCGGUGCAACGACCAGCGAUAUAAAUAUGCAUGGUCGCUCGGAGGAUGAAUUACUGGACAGCGACGAGGAGAGGGAUUCUACUCAGAUAUUACAUCCGUUCGAGCGCCGUUCGUCUCUGGUUGGGCUGACGUUAUACCCAACUGGAGCUGGGGAUUCUACGUUGGACGGGAACGGUUACGCCACGAUUGAAAAGCUCCAAAACGAGAUUGCAUCACUUAGACAGCAAGCGAAUGAUGCCGUUCAGUUAUCAAUUCGCCUUUCCGAUCAGUUGGCGCAAGCACAUGCGGAGGCUUCCAGGGCGAAAUCCAAUUUGAGGAAUGUUGAAACCCUCCUCGAGGAAGAAUCUAGUAAGCGUAUGGACGCGGAAAAGCAAGCUGCGGAGGAAUCGAAGCUGAAAAAGGAGGCCCAGGAGGCCUUGAGGGCAACAGAGAAUGUUCGACGGGAUGAUGAAACCGCGCGACGGGAGGAGGGGGAAGAGAAGCUUCGAUCGUCUGGUACCACUGGUACCACAGCGACAUGA